AUGUCUUUCUCAUCAAGUGAUGAAGUUGAUGAAACUUUAGAAGAAAUGGUCGACCAAGUAGUUGAUAAUUUCAUCGACUCAGUGAUAGAUGCUCACCCCAACAAGCAGAAAAGACGGGCUUAUAUCGAAAGACAUCGUGAACAAGGACACAAUCAGCUAUGGAACGAUUAUUUCCAAGAAAAUCCUACAUACCCACCGCAAAUGUUUAGGAGGCGUUUUCGAAUGAACAAGCCAUUGUUCCUCCACAUUGUCGAACGUGUAAGUAAUGAAGUUCCAUACUUUCAGCAAAGACGAAAUGCUUGCGGAAGGUAUGGACUAUCUGCACUUCAAAAGUGUACGGCAGCUAUACGUAUGCUGGCAUAUGGUCAAUCAGGAGAUACAUAUGACGAGUAUCUCCGACUUGCUGACAAUACUUCACGUUUAUGUUUGGAAAAUUUCACUAAUGCAAUUAUAAAUUUGUUUGGAGAUGAGUAUCUACGCAGCCCUACAGCUGAGGAUCUUCAACGAUUGCUCGAUGGUGGAGAGGUACGCGGUUUUCCAGGGAUGAUAGGCAGCAUCGAAUAA